GCUGUGGACGCUUGGGCGUUUUCUUUGGGUACCUUUGAAGUGGAUGUCACCAAGUUCCCUGAUGGCCAUUCUGAGGAGUAAACAAUUCUGUUUCCCUAUACUAGAUGAAUUUCCUCUGCUCACAACCAAACGAGUAUUCUGGAAGGGUGUUUUGGAGGAGUUGUUGUGGUUUAUUAAGGGCUCCACAAAUGCUAAAGAACUGUCCUCCAAGGGAGUGAGAAUUUGGGAUGCCAAUGGGUCCCGAGACUUUUUGGACAGCUUGGGAUUCUCUGCCCGACAGGAAGGAGACCUGGGCCCAGUUUAUGGAUUCCAGUGGAGACAUUUUGGAGCAGACUACAAAGAUAUGGAUUCAGAUUACUCGGGUCAAGGAGUAGACCAGCUGCAAAAAGUGAUUGACACCAUCAAAACCAACCCCGAUGACAGAAGAAUCAUCAUGUGUGCCUGGAACCCAAAAGAUCUUCCCCUGAUGGCACUGCCUCCUUGCCAUGCCCUCUGUCAAUUUUAUGUGGUGAAUGGGGAGCUGUCUUGCCAGCUUUACCAGCGGUCAGGAGAUAUGGGUCUGGGUGUGCCCUUCAACAUUGCCAGCUAUGCUCUGCUGACCUACAUGAUUGCACAUAUCACGGGCCUGCAGCCGGGUGAUUUUGUCCAUACUUUGGGAGAUGCACACAUUUAUCUGAAUCAUAUUGAGCCACUGAAAAUUCAGCUACAGCGAGAACCAAGACCUUUCCCAAAGCUCAGAAUCCUCCGAAAAGUUGAGACAAUCGAUGAUUUCAAAGUUGAAGACUUUCAGAUUGAAGGGUAUAAUCCACAUCCAACGAUUAAAAUGGAAAUGGCUGUUUAGUGCUUUCAGUGAUGCUGUGAAUAUCAUCAGUUUUUACUGAAGGAAAAAUUGACAGUGAUCUGUCUGUAAUGAUCACCAGCAUCUAAAGUGUCCCAGACACUGAGAAACUGCCUUUCCUUUAGUAUUUACUGAAGGUAUGUAUAAAGCUGAGACUAUAUACUUGGCAAAACCCCAGGCAUUUAUGUAUAUCUAAAAGGUGGUGAAAUUCAGAGUAUAUUGUAUAUAAACUUGAAAUAUGUUAUUGUUCAUUUCUAAACAUUUUAUAUGCUAUAUAGUAAUAGUUUUGCAUUUGUCGGUUUCUUAAAGACUUUUAGUUUUUGUGUGGGCAUUAUAAGUCAGAGAGCUCAGUUUGAGGUUAGUGACAGGCUCAAUUUCUGCCUAGAAAAUUGACUGACCUAAAAACCCUAAGCCUUCAUUAGCUCAUAUAUAUCUCAGGCUGGCCUCAAAACACUCGGAAGCUGAGGGUAAAUUGGGCUUAUAAAAACAAAGCCCUAUUCACAUUAGGUGACUUGCUAUAUAGCACGAGCUUCCUUAGCCCGCUACCUCUGAGGUGGUCGGUUUUAGGUGGUGUAGUGCCUUUUGAUUUACUUUUUAUCUUCCUUGGAUCCCUUUGGCUUGACCUUGUCUUAUAUAGAAGAAACUUAAUAAAAUGUUUGUCAUAUGUAUGAAAAAGGAAAAUAUAAAACCCACAAGAUUACAUUUAUUCUGCCUAGGUGUAGACAGGGUCUCAUUUUAACAUGUAUGUCUUGCAGCUGUCUUAGUCAUCUUUUUGAGCAGAGCAAGCAAGUGGAUUACAAAGCAAAAAUGGCAGUUAGCCUGACCUUUUUAUCUUGCUAGAACAGCAAAUUUUAUAAGAUCAGUCAGCUUAAUAGACUAAACAUCUGGUUAAAAAAAGGAAAGUAGUCAGAGUACAGUCUGUAUAAGCUAAGAGUUUACAUGCUAGAGGCAUGUAAAUAUGUUAACCAUCACCAGAUAUUGUUUAAAUCACGUUUUAAGUUUUGUUUGAGGGAGGUGGUAUGGAGGAUGUGUCUCAAACUUUAGUCCUGGCACUCAGUAUGCUAGCCUCAAACUUGUUGCAAAACUCCAGCUUCUGCAUGCUGGGAUUAUAACUGGGAGCUCCAAUGCCUAGCUAAGACAGUUUUGUAAGAGUUUUGCAGUGUGAAGAAAUACAAUUUGUUCCCAUUAAUUUCAGUGGGGCAUGACUGAUAACAGGAUUCUAAACCAUUUCAGGACAAAUCAGUGGAUCCUUUUUAUUGCUCACAGUACUGCAGAACCAGUUUUUUCUGAUUUAUAACAAGUAUUCGAAUGAGGAAUUAUGAAAUGUUGCAUAGUUUUCAAAAGUAUAGCACUUGACAAAGAUUUUUAAAGAACACUAAAAGCAUGAAGCAUUUCACUUCAGAAAAAAAGUGUUAGGGCUGAACACAUAAUUCUUGAGCAGCAAGAAGUUUCACAGAUUCUUCAUUUUUGUUGAGAAGCCUGCAUCCUAGCAGAGACAGAUUGACACGUGUUAACACUGGUUUCUUCUACCUCUAAUCAAGAGGUAAUUCAGUAUUUAAGAAAUUAAGUUUGGGGGCUGGAGAGAUGGUUCAGCAGUUGAGAGCACUUGCUGCUCUUGUAAAACACCGGGGUGGUUCCCAGCACCUAUGUCAAGCAACCUUUUGUAAUUCCAGUUCCAGGAGAUUCCCUCAUUUGUCCAUCAUGGGCGCCUACCGACAUACAUGUAAUUAAAAAUAAAACUUUAGGAGCGGCUCAGCGGUUAAGAGCACUGACUGCUCUUCCAGAGGUCCUGAGUUCAAUUCCCAGCAACCACAUGGUGGCUCACAACCAUCUGUAAUGGGAUCCGAUGCCCUCUUCUGGUGUGUCUGAGGACAGCUACAGUGUACUCACAUACAUAAAAAUAUUUUUAAAUUUUAAUAUGCAAAGGUUUUUGUUUGAAAGAAGAUGGAAGGUCAUACUUUAUUGGCUACUUACCUGGAUUGUAAGUGAAACUAAAACUUUAGUAGCUUAAUAUCUGUUUGGUGCAAAUGAGCCAUAAUCUGGAUAAAAGGCCCAGGUCAUUGAUGUGUAGAUGCUGUUGGCCUUUGGGAAGAAGGAAUGUGUGUUUUAAGGGCUCAGCAACUGGGAAUAUGACAAUAGCUCUGUCUUAAGAUUUCUAUUGUGAUAAAGAUGACCAAAAAGCACCUCGAGGAGAUGAUUUAUGUCAGCUUACAUCUCAGGUCAACUCCACACCAAGGGAAAUCAGAGCAGGAACUUAGGCAGAGGCCACUGAACAAUGUUACUUACUGCCUUGUUCUUCGUGGCUUCCUUAGUUUAUCUUACAUUGUGGACUAUACCUGUCCAGGGGUGGGUCCACCUUAUAUCAUCUAGGACUCUAUACACUGUCCCCCAGUAAGCUGGGCACACCCAUAUCAACGUCAAUUAAAAUGCAUCAUAGUCUUGCCCACAGGCCAGUCUUGACAUUUUCUCAAUUGAGGUUCCCUCUUCCAUAAUGAAUCUAGCUUGUGCCAAGUUGACAUAAAGCUAGCUGUACUCUGACCUUCGUUGAUACUCAUUAUUCAUCAACCAUUUGUUAUUGAAAAUCAAUUCUUUCAGAGACACAAUGGCUUCUGACAGCACAUCUCCAACAUGUCCUAGGCUUCAGCUUACCUUGGGAGGCAGAUAUGAAGCAUGUUUGAUCACCAUGGGAUAUUUGAAAUGUUCAUGCAGAUGGUCCACAUAUUCACACAUCCUAGGAAAUUGGGAGCAUUAGUGCUUGAAAUUAGAUAAUUUAUAAGCUAGCAACUAUGAAAGCAGGAAAGUAUCCUUAAAUGGUGAGCUGAGCAAAUGGCUCAGUGGGUAAAGCAUUUGCCUUGCAAGCAUGAGGAUCUGGAUUUGAUCUCAGGAACCCGUAAAAGCUGUGUAUGGUAGGGCAUGUAUGCACUGAGAUGGGAGGUGGUGAGAGAAGAAACCCUGAAGGCUCAGGUGGGCCAGCUGGUAAGCAACAGAGACCCUAUCUCAGACUAGAUAGGGAGGUGAAGACCAACAUCUGAGGUUGUCCUCUCCAUAAAUGUGCCUGUACUCAACAUGACACAAACACACAACUCUUGCAGUGACAAUCUGUGGUUGUAGCUAAAUGUUAGCAGAAUUCUUGGCUUGGAUGAAAUCCUAGGUUUGAUCCCCAGGUCUUAGCUGUUAUAUGCAAAGGUAGGGUCUGAGACACUGUAAAGUUACCUUGAAAGUUUUGUAGUAACCCCACAUCAAUUCAAAUUACAGAAAACCGGAAUUAUGGUUCCUAAUGCCAAAUGUUAACUAGGUUAAACUGCCAAAUGAGGUUCCUUCUAUCUAUCUGUUCAGAUGAUUGAAUGAAAAGCACAGGUUUGGAAUUGUGUCAAUCUAUUAAAAUUCUGCAUGCAUGUCCAGUUUUGUGGUUAGGUGCCGUAUGUACAUAAAAGGUUAGGUAACCUAAUCUGUCUCCUUAGUCACCUGAUAUCAUGAUGGCACACAAUAGGGUGUGUGCCAGCCUGUACCAGUGUGUGGCAGUUCUUAAGAUUACAACCUCCCAUUUUUGUGUGAAAUUUCUUAAGACAGAAUGUUUUAGGGAAAUGAACCAACACAGGGAGGAAAAUGCUGUGAUGAUGCUCACUAAGAGAUGCAGUACACUCAAAAUAGCUUCUCGAAGCCCCUGAAACUGACCAUAUGCACUAGGCCCCUCCUUCCCAAAGGAAAUAGACUGCUGCCUAGAAGAAACAGAUAGCCACAGCUGAACUACUUAGAGAAAACAAAGACCAGAUGAGCUGCCUGGAAGCAGCUCAGACCAGCUGAGUCACCUGAAAGGGACACUCUUCAAUUUGUGGUGAUGCCUGCAGGCUGUGCAGUGUGUUGCAAGUUCCAGCUUUGUGAGCUGUCACCCAUGCUGGGUUGGCUUUGAUGAUGCGGCUGUCUUUGUGUUAUUUCUGCUCCUAUAAGUAGCCCCUUACCCAUAUUCUUAUAAGUAACAUCAAUAAAACUUAUUUGUUCAUCAA